AUGCUCAUUUUAGUUCUCUUUCUCACUAUUUGGCGUGUAGUCAACACCAAUGACGAUGCAUUAUAUUCGUUUGCUUGUUCUAAUUCUAAUCAGACUUGUAUUCUGUACAAAAUUGAUAUUGAUCUAUCUAGUGGUCAUGCUAUAUCGAAUGAAAUUGCUAAUUGGCAUCAAUCGAAUAUUAUUGAUGGAUUUGGAUCCGUAGCUGAAUUUAAUAACGAGAAUACUCCAUAUAUUAUUUUGACAACUAAUUGUGAUUCUCAAGCAAAUCUAAUCAAUGUCAACGAUUUAUCUCAACCACCAUUAUCGAGAACUAUGAAAACAUCUUGUACUCAACCGAUCCAUUCACUAUCAGAUAGAUAUUUAUUAGCAUUGGGUACAGUUCAAAAUGAGGUUGGUGGUUCAUUUCCUGUAUCACUCUAUGUGUUUGAUGCAUUGUCAGGACAAUGGAAUUAUGAAAUUGUCAAUUUCGGUAGCACAUUUUCUGGUAAAUAUCAAGUGCUGCAUCCACAAACAGGUUUUUCAGCUUUAGACUUAAAUGCAGCUGAACCAAUUUUUCACGUGAUAUUGUACAAUUUGGUGAACGACACACGUCAUAUCUUAUCGAUUCGUAUCGAAAGUGGUCAAUGGACAUUGAAAGAAAUCGGUAUUGAUAUACCACCACGACCUAAUUUUAAAAUAAUUGAAGCUCAAACACCACGAGGAAAUAAUUAA